GAGCAAAGGAAAGCUCAACGACACUUACGGUUCACGACCAUUAUCGAUCCAACACUGCCAAAAUGGCUGCUCCGUCUCGCGCAGUAUCGAAGCUCGACUGGAGCAAGGUCGGCACCCAGCUGGGUCUCCGUGGCAGCACAGCGAGUGCGCUUGCCAACUUCAAGAAGCGAAACGACGAUGCCCGCCGCCGCGUACAAGUGCUGUCCGAACAGCCCACGACCGUCGACUUUAGCCACUACCGAUCCGUGCUGAAAAACACCGCCGUCAUCGACGAGAUUGAACAAUACUUCAAGACAUUCCAGCCCAAGACCUACGACGUCAGCAAGCAGAUCAAGGCCAUUGAGAGCUUUGAGCAGGUCGCCAUCAAGAACGCAGAGGAGACCAAGAGCAAGGUUGAGGUCGAGUUGAAGAGCUUGGAGAAGGCCCUGGCCGACAUCGAAGGCGCCCGACCCUGGGAUCAGACCACCGUUGACGAGCUUGCCAAAGCCGAACCCGAAAUCGAUGAAUACACUGCCAAAUUGGUCAAGAACGGCAAAUGGAUGCCUCCUGGUUACCUGGAGCGUUUCCCCAAUCUCUCUGUUCUAUAAAAUGGAUAGGUCAAGGCUGUCGAAUCAUUGGGGACGCGCAUUCAUGUAUAGUGAACUAGACCAAUUCAGAUCUUAUUGAUACUG